AUGUCAGUGCACAGAGAACCUAAUGAACACCUGUUGCCUUCAGUCACUGUUCCCGACACAAAUACAGGAUGUGGACAGUCAUUGUGUGGAGUUCUCACCCAACAGCUGUCCGUGUUGUUUCACGAUCUCAGGAUCAGAUUAAUGUCACUAUAUAACAGCAGCACACAGAGACAGAGAGAGUCAAGCAGAGCGGGAGACAUCCGAUCGAUUCUCCGAGGUUCUCUCAGACGUGGUGCGAUGUGUAAGGGGCUGUCUGCCAUCCCCUCCUCAUGCCUGGAGAAGGCGAAGGGCAUGAGGGUCAAACUGUCCCACCUGACCGAAAAGCAGGAGUGGGUCCACAAACACAGAGCGUGUGAGAAGCUGCCUCAGGACCUGGAGUCUCUGCUCAACAGCAAGCCGGGCAUCCAGGCGUUUCGCUGCUUCCUGCGCUCCGAGUUCAGCGAGGAGAACCUGGAGUUCUGGCUGGCGUGUGAAGAGUACAAGAGCACAUCCGGGUCCAGACUGACGGAGAGAGCCCACAACAUCUACAAGCAGUUCAUCAACCCUGACGCUCCUCGGGAGGUGAAUCUGGACAGUGAGACCCGCGAGGCGUUGAUGGGGCUGAUGGAGGAGCCCACAGCGGACACGUUCGACGAGGCUCAGCACCGGAUCUUCUCUCUGAUGGCUAAAGACUCGUUCCCACGUUUCCUGCGCUCCUCUUUCAGCCAGCAGCCUCUCAGAGUCCUGUGAGACACACUGUGUAUCUGUGGUCUAGACUAGAUCUGGAGUUAAUAUGUAGAGACGCAUGAGCCACAGUCAGGUAGAAUAAAGUGUAGUAGGACAUAGACUCUUUAGACAUUUGAAAACAUCAAUAAUCGUGCAUUUAUAUCUUUGAACCUAAUAAAGUUAUUUGGCUCAGAAUGGAAGUGUUUUGCAGUCAAUCUCAAACUGAGAGCCAGUCGAGAUCUUGAAGCUCAAGGUCGCCACACAAUCAAGGCUGAACAAAGAUAAUAAAGCAGGCAGAGAAUCACAGCGUUCAGCCAAUCACAGAACGAGCAGCGGGUCCUUGACCACAGGGAGACCUCCAGAGAUUAUAAUCGCAGUAAGACUGCUUACCAGUGGAAAAACUUAUACGUGACUCUGGAUGACAUCCCCAAAUUAAUAAAGUGAUGAAUGGAAAUUGGGCAGUUCAAUUAAUUAUAGAAUGAAAAUGGGCAAAUAAAAAAUGGAUCACCGAGAAAUUAUUAUUUUUUAAUUACAAUUUAUAUUACUACAGUUUUACUACAAAUAGCAUGCUUAAACUAUAGUGAGUGUAACAAAGUGUUUUACCUUACUUAGGUGUAAUAACCUUUUUUAUUUGUUGCAAAACCAUGUGUUAUUUUCAUGAGUUUUAAAUGUUAUUUUAUAAUGAGAAAACAGUAUAUAUUUAUU